UUGUGGACUCCGUGUCCCAUGGAGCGCUGCGGGGGGCUCGGCGGCCGGCCCGCGGCCCCGGCAGCUGGCGGCAGGGCGGCUAGUUCAAGUUGCCAUAGCGGCGAGGUUGCUCAUGAGAACAAAGAGGAAUGCUUAACCAUAAAUAGCUUCAAGAUACUGAUGGCAGAUUCAUCCAGUGAUUCAGACAACUUAUUUACGGGUCGGACUGGAAGGCGGCCCUUGAGAGCAUCCCACAGCAGAGCUCAGAACUAUGGUGCUGAAGAAGUUACAGAGAAGAUCCAUACUUUAGCAAGCACUUUGCAGGAUACCAACAGAAAUCUAAGACACGUUGACCAUUUGCUAGGACAAUACAGAGAAUACAACAAGGAACAAACCAAAGCAAUAACAACUUUAAAAGAAACACUGGAGCAAUCUAUAGGUCAAUUGAGGAGCCAGCGACUAACACGAAACUCUGGAAUGAGAAGUGCAUCUCUCUCAAGCUUAUAUCCCAGUGACCUGGAUGGAGAAGGACCAUCAGGCAACCGCCACUUUGUGCCCACUUCUCCUCUCAGGGAUUAUGGAGACUCCCAGGGCAAUAAACACCGAAGGUCUAGAUCUGCAAGUGUUCGGUUUGUCAGUGAGGCAGAUAAUGUGGAGCAGCUGCAUUCUUUCCACCAGUCUCUUCGAGAUCUCAGCAGUGAACAAGUUCGCCUGGGAGAUGACAUCAGUCGCGAGCUUUCAAGAAGAAAUCGGACUGAUGCUGAAUUAAGAAAGACUCUAGAAGAGUUGUCUGAAAAGCUCACUGAGUCCCAAAGACAAGAAACGGUAUCAGAACGGGUAGAGAGAAGACUUCAGGAGAUAGAAGAAGAAAUGCGUGCUGAAAGACAGCUCGUAGAAAGGCGCCAGGACCAGCUGGGCCAUGUGUCUCUUCAAUUACAGGAGGUUUUAAGGAAGCAAGAUGUUAAAGCAGAUGAAACAGAACUCAUGAGAAACAAACUUGUGAAAUAUGAAAGCGAAAAGCACCAGCUUGAGCAGGAAUUGGAGCAGUCCCGGAAAAAGUUGAGUGAAUCUGAAGGCAGUAGAGAAGCUCUUUUGCAUCAGAUUGAGGAUCUUCGAUCUCAGCUUUUGAGAGCAGAAGAAGACCGUGUAGAAUUGCAACAUCAAAUCUCAUAUGCUGCUAUGCGUCGCCAGAGCUAUCAGGAUGUACAAGAUGAUGACAGGAGAAUUAGAGCAGUAGCUGAAAAAUAUGAGAGAGAGAAGCAAGAUCUAGAGAAACAUAUUUUGGACCUUAAAGCAAAGCUGAAUCACAGUGCUGUAAUGUCAGAGGUAGAAGACCUGAAGAGAUGUAUAGAGCGUAAGGACAAGGAGAAAGCACAGCUUGUAAUGCACAUACAGGUGUUAACUUCUGACCUGGAAAACAGGGAGAAGCAGCAGGAAAAAAUGCUGGACCAGCUAAAGGAGAUACAGAACUGCUACAAGGCUUGUGAGAAUGGGCGCAGACAAACUGAACUCCAGGCUGCUGAGUUAGCUCAACAGGUUGAAGAGAGUACCAAGGAAGCAGAACGGUAUCUCACUGAAUUCAAGCACUCAGAGGCACUCAGGCUGGACAUUGAGAAAAAAAGAGAAGAUUUGAAGGUGAGAGCCCAGGAAACCAUCCGCCAAUGGAAACUGAAGUGUAAGAAGUUGGAUCGUGAGAAUGAAAAGCAAAAUCAAACUAUCAGUGAACUGACGGACAAGAAUAGUCAGGCCCUUAAAGAAAAAGAUGAUCUUAAAAGUCAGCUUCUCUCAGCUAUAAACCAGAUAGAAAACCUGCGGAAAGAGCUGAAUGAUGUGCUUACAAAGAGAGCCCAGCAGGAAGAACUUCUCCACUGUAAAGAGGUAAAACUGAAUGAAAUGGAGUCACACCGGGUAUCUCUUGAAGAAGAGAUCAAAGAAGUUCAAGGUACUGUAAAAAAAUUGGAGAAUGAGUUGAAAAAUCAAGUCUUUCUACAAAAUCAAAUGCAAGCUGAGAAGGAACACUUGAAGACAGAACUUGUGAAUAUUAACUUGUUUCAUAAAAAAGACCAAGAACGACUCCUGGAAAUGCAAGCAGAUGUAAAACAUUUAAGCACCGUACGUGUGGAACUAACAAACAGAAUUGCAGAAGAGGAGAAAGCCAAAAAGGAAUUACUUAAGAGGCUCUCAGACCUCCAGAAACAGCAGGAAUCUAGUCAUGAAGAGAUGAUUUCAGCUAGCAGGCAGCUGAAGAUGGAAAGAGAAAUUCACCAACAGGAGUUGGCAGAUCUUAGAUCAGAAUUACAGAAUGUGAAAAUCAAACAUGAACAAAAUGUUCAAGAACUCACGAAAAUCCUUAAACAAGAAAAAGAUGAUGCAGAGGCUCAAAUUAGAAUGCUAAAGGUACUCAUUGUGAAGAAUUCCAUUGUCAGACUUUCCCCCUCCUCCCACACACUCCACACACAGCCCCUGCCCUUGAAUGAUGAAGGUGAUUUGGUUACUUUUUGUCUGAACUCAUCAUUACAUUGCAUUUGGAUUUCAAUUUUAUGGACAUACUUUUCUUCCAAAAUGGAACUUUUGGAAGAGAAAAACAUAGUCAAGGCUCAGUGUCGACAACUGGAAAAAAUAAAAGUUGAGUGUGAUAAAUUGACAGAAGAAUUAACACAGAAUGAGGAAGAAAAUAUAAAACUAAAACGGAAAUGUGAGUUUGUAAAACAAGAACUGGAGAAAAAGGAAAAACAGAUCAGCAAUGAAGAAGAUCAUUUGAGAAAGAUGAAUGAGGCCAGACUGCAGUUUAAAGAUCAACUGCGUCAAUUAGAAAUGGAACAGCAAUCCAUUCUCUCCAUGAUAGGAAGUGAAAUUGAUGCUGCUUGUGAAAUCUUUUCUCGUGACUCCAUGGAGAAAUUAAAAGCAAUAUCCCUUACACCAACAGUACUGAACGAUCCUCAUCGCUGGUUAGCAGAAACAAAGACUAAGCUUCAGUGGCUGUGUGAGGAGGUAAAGGAAAGAGAAAGUAAGGAAAAAAAGCUGCGAUGCUACUUGCUGCAAAGCCGAGAACAGCUCAAGCACUUGACACAGAUAAAGGAGACUGAACAUCAGUCUCUCUUUAAACAGAUAAAAACCCAAGAAAAGCUUUUGGAAGAAGUUCACAGAGAAAAAAGAGAGCUACUAGAGAAGACACACAGAAGAGAAGAAGAAAUGGGAGUUCUCCAGGAACGUAUUAUGGCCUUAGAAACGAGUACCCGAGUAGCUUUAAACCACCUGGAGUCUGUGCCUGAGAAACUGAGCCUGUUAGAAGAUUGCAGAGAUACUGGAAUAUCCCCAGAAGAGCUUUUUUUUGCUCUGACAGAGGUUUAUCUUUACCUUCUGUUUCUACUAAAAGAAAAAUUUUUUUCUCAACAAGCAUCUGCAAUCUCCUUCACACUUGCCCUCUCGCACUUAACACUGGAGUCCCAUUGCCGAAGGGAGAUGAUUGAGGAGAGGUAUAUGAGAUAUAAAGACAUAGUGACUUCUUUGCAGCAGCAGCUGGAAGAUUCCAAGCAAAGAGUCAGGCAAGUCAAGGAUGUGAAAAUGGAUGCUGAAAUUUCUGAUGUAGAAGUGGCUGCUCACUCUUCUAGUUGGAGAACUCAGAACAGCUUUUUGUGCAGCUCACCGCUUUCAAGUUCAGGUUCACUUAGGAAAGGAAUGGUUCCUUUGGAUACAAGUGGCACCAAGGAAGAUUCUACUAAUGUUGCUGUUAGUGAAAUGAAGCUGCAAGCAGACGGAGGAAAACAGUAGAAUAUUUUAUGAAACCACACCAGUUUUCUCUGUGGUAAAUUCCAUUCCACUUUUUUUUUUUUUUGGUUUUGAACAGUAGUAGUUCCAUCUGCUGUAGGAGUGAUGCACCCUUAAUGAUUCAACAAUUGCCAAACACUCAAAUGAAAGAGCACCAAGAGUGAUUCUGAUGAACUCUUUUGAUAAUUUAGGUGACUUGCACACCAAAGGCUUUCUGAGAUUUUGCUAUUCUCUUGUGUUUGUUUUUACCGUCCUCUUAGACUAAAUUUAUUGUAUUCCUGAAAUACUGUGAAUACCUAUGACAUUAAUCUUUCUAUGAGCUUAUUUACCCCUAUACAGGAAUUGUUCUGACACUUGUUUUUUAAUUAUGUUUAGUAACAUUAUUAAUAAUGAAAAAAUAAUAGUGAAAUUUUUUUUCACUAUUAAUUCAUUAUUAAUAAUGAAAAAAAUCAGAAAUUGCCUAUUACUAUGAGACAGAGUAAUUAUACAGUGUUGUACAGGCACAUUUGUGAUUUUAGGUCCCUCUGUUUGAAAAAAUCAUUUAAGAAAGAAGUAAUAACACGAAAUUUUCUCAAAAUUAAUUUUCUCAUAAUUCAUAUCCUGGCUUGAGGCUCAGCAUAUAUGUGUUAUAAGUUUCUAGAAUUAUUCUUCUGGCCAGAACAGUUUUAUAAGAUGGCCUCAAUCAGGCACUUUAAAGAAUCUGAAUCUCUCCCAUCUGUAUCAAGAGUGUUAAAAGGCACUUCUGUGUGGCUGUGAAAAUUUUAAAAGCAAUGUUUAGUGUUCCUUUAUUUAUCCUGUUUUGUUCUCUGUUAGAGAAGAUGUGUUAUAUUGAUUGUAAAAUACUGUGGAAAUACAAUAUUGCAUAUUUCUAUUUGUUCAGAUAUCACUAUUCUAAACAAAUCAGACACAAUUUUGCAUUACAGGGGUCUCAAAAAACAAAUCAAAGAAGAAUUUUCUAAGAAUUCUGCUGUCUAAAGAAAUGCAAGUGUUUCUGAUGGCUCUUGUUUUAUUCUCCUCUCAGCUACUUCUGGCUUGAUCACUGCUACUGUGCCUUAAAAGAUUUGCCAAAGCUAUCAGAGUACUGUAGCAACAUUAACACCUUUCAAACAAUUUUGUUUUGCAGACUUCUGUCAUAUUUAGGAAGCCUAUUUCUUCUCUGAAACACUGUUAUUUUUUAGCACUGUAGGUGUCUCAGGUAUAAUUCACAGGCCAUCAUGUGCCAUCUCAAAAGAGGAGGACUUUUUUUUUUUCCAAUACUCUGAUGAAGUGUUCUGUAGUCCCAGUGGGUGCUCUGGACAGUGCACUUCCUUGACAAUCACCUUGUGUUUAACCUUUUUCAAGCAGAACAACAUACUGAGAACAUCAAAAUCAGACACAGAAAUGAGAAAAAGAUAGAGUUUAUUCUAUGUUCAUAUUCCAUGAACUUAAAUUUCUUAAAAUUAAAAAAAAUCUGACAUGGUUAAAAAGUUUUCUUUACCUUUUGUUGUGUAUUAUGCUGUGCAUGGUAGCACUGGCAUUGGCUUUUUGCAGACUUCUGGCACAUCACCUCAUUCAGAGGGUCAAGAAAACAAAACAGGCACAUCCAUCUGUUCUGAUCUCAAUGGCUAUGACAGGAACAAGAAAAAAAAAAUCAACAAAUAAACUUCUGCUCUCUACAAAGAGUGUGGAUGUCAUGAAACAGUGUUUAGAUCGAGCCACAGCUACUAUAAACUAAACUUACUUAAACUGGAUCCAAGAUUUGUAAUUUAUUGUUUUUAUUAGAUCAGAGCAGAGGUGGAAAUACGUAAUUUAAAAUAUUUUAACUGGUUUGGUCUGCUGAAACUUAAAAACUUGCAAAACUGAAUAUCACCAUAAAGCUUGCAGACUUUAUGGUACCUACAAAUUAAGGCUAAAACAUAGAAAGGUCACUUUAAAAUAUAUUAAUAAUCAAUAAAUCAUGUUCUCAAAACACCUUAUGUGGGAGUGAGGUCUGGUGCAUGGAUUGCUGAUGGAUAACUCUUUUACCAAAGUUUAAAUGUAUUUGUGACAUGGAAGUAAAUAAAUGGGCCUUUGAGAGUCUUAGCUGAGCAGUAAUACCAGAAAUAUAAUGUCCUCUCUUUUUCCUAAGGAAUUUGUAAAAAUCGUACCAUUCUAUGUGUUUAUACAUUUUUUCCUGACUUGUAACCUAGAAAUCUGAAGUAUGUAUUCUUAAAACAGGAUCACUACUGCUUUAUAUUGUUAGAAAGCUAAGGAUAAGCAGUCUGAUCUCCCUCACUAUUACAUCAAGUAUUGAAUCAACUUUUGUUCUGUAUAGGACAGAAGUUACUACUGGGUGAACAAUUUUAGCUUUAAAACUUUAAGUAUGUUCAGUGCUUAGUUUAUUUGCCUUUGCCCAUGUGACUGGAUUUUCAGCAGUUUUAUAUCCUUUUAUAAAAUUUUCUAAAAGGGGUGGAAGUACAGAAGAGAUGUCAAACCACACACACACACACACACACACAAAUCUUAUUGAGUAGACUUAUGGACUCCAAAGCCAGGAAACGCCUUCUUAAAUUUAUCCUCUUGGCAUGGCAGUCUAGAUAGCAUGUAAUAUUUGUCUCUCUUCCACCUUUGAUAGAGGUUCAUAUUACAAAGUGAAUUUUGUUUCGUCUUUACUGAAGGCUAAGGUUCCGUUCAUGACAUUAAAUGAAACUGUCCCUUUGUGGUUUAAGAAAUAAUAUUUUUUCCAUAUUGGUCUGAAAUAAUACUCUUCUGCAGUUUCAGUUUUUAAAGUAGAAAAGCAGAUAAUUUUUAAAUAAAACGUUUUCUAUAUUUCACAUCUUAAAAAUUGCUGUCCCUUCUGGUAGCCAGAUUUUUUUUAUAAUUUAACCCUUUAAUGACCGGUUACUCAAUUCUUACCCAAAGCAGUGGUUUUCAAUAAUCAAAAAUGUGGUAUCGCACACACAAAAAAUGAUGGUUUAAAUCUUUUUUCUGUUUAGCAUUUGGUAAAUCAAGCAAUUUUUAAUGUGUGUACUAGGUACAUACAGGUUUUAUAAGCUAGUAUCAGGUAUUCUUUUUUUUUAAUGCUGUACUGAAAUACAGUGCUUCAAUAUUGUGCUUUCAAAAAUGUGUUGGCCCUCUAUUUUAGCAUCAAAUAGCUGUCACAUGAAUAAGCUAUAAAUUUUAUGCCCUUCAGUUCCUAAUGUUUUACAGCAGACUUGAGAGUACUUACUUUCCAGAUCAUAUUUACUAAAUAGCCAAAUAAUUUAUUUUUAUUGUACAAUUACUUCAUCCUAAGAAGAAAUGUCAAAAUAAAAAUUAAAAAUAAAACUUUACAGUGCAAGACAAAGCAAUUUG